UUCUGUUGUGAAGCUGAAACCUAGCGGAAAUAACUUUGUUGGAAGUUGCCCUUUUCACAACGACGAAAACCCUUCCUUUUCCAUCAAUAACGAGAAAAAACUUUUUCAUUGUUUUGCUUGCGGAGCCGCUGGUGACAUCAUAUCCUUUGUGAUGCGCUUGGAGAAUCUCACUUUUACAGAUGCUGUGAAGAAACUUCAAAACGAUGCAGUGAAAAAUGAUUCUAUCCAUCAGGACAAUGAUAGGAAAGUUGCUGCACAAAGAAAGGAGUCAAAAAAGACUUGUACCGUGCCUAAACGGAAAAGAAACUCUGCUCUUCGCAAGAUUAAAGACGCUUUAUCGAGUGCGUCGGAUUUCUAUCAUCAGUACCUGAGAAAAGACACAGAAAGAGUUUUAGAAGCUCGAAUGUAUUUAUUAGAGAGGGGCUUUUCAGAGUCGCUUAUCCAUCAGUUCCAAAUAGGUUAUGCACCUCUUGGCUCAAGUGAGCUGGUUAGUUAUUUGUUGAGCAAAGGAUUUUCUUCCGAUGUCAUUUUGGAGUCAGGCUUAGGAGUUGCUAGCAAAUAUGGAACAGGUUUAUUUGAUACGUUUCGAGACCGCAUCGUGGUUCCUUUACGAGACCAUGAAGGUCAAGUCAUUGCCUUUGGUGGCCGUGUGUUUCCUUAUAAAGGCAAUGAAGAGGGUCAGAAACCUACUUUUGGACCUAAAUAUCUCAAUUCUUCUGAGACUCGUGUGUUUAAAAAGAGUGAAGUUUUGUUUGGUGCCGAAUAUAUAUUUCAACAGGAAGAGAAACCUGAACAAGUGGUCAUUGUGGAAGGAUAUUUUGAUGUUCUUACUAUGCAUCAAGCAGGCAUUUGGUAUGCAACAGCUUCUUUAGGAACAGCUUUAAGUUUGCGUCAAAUAGAAAUUGCAGCAAAACUUUCCAAAACGAAAAAGGUAGUUUUGAACUUUGAUAAUGAUAUUGCUGGUCAUACGGCUGCAUGUCGUACUGCCGAUCAUUUAUUAGAAGCUGCCAGUAGAAGAGGCAUUCAAUUGUUUAUUGCUUUACUUCCCGAAGGUGUGAAGGAUGCCGAUGAGUUUAUUCGUUUAUAUAGUGCAACAGAUUAUAUUCAAAGGGUAUUGAAGAAUGCCAUACCUUUGGUAGAAUGGCGAGCCAAAAUCACUCUACAAGAUUAUGAUGGUAGUAUCGAGAGCCGAACUCGGUGUAUAGAGAUAUUAGGAAAUCUGUUUUCCAAGAUUGGAACUGUUUCGUAUCGAUCUCAUUUGGCGCAUUACUUUGCAGAACAAAUUACUCAACAUGUUGAAGAUCCCAAUUUGGUUGUUUUUACAGAAGACCAAAUUCUUCGCAUAGUGAGAAACUUACGAGCAAGACGUCCUUGUGUCAAACAUGAAAGUUCAAAAGGUUUGUUUAGAACAGAUACGAUAGAAGAAGACUCCUCCCAAGUAUUAGUUCCCUUUAGCUCAUCCUAUGAUGAUUCUUCUGGCAUUCGAUUUGUCGAAGAGUUUUUUUUACGCAUCAUGAUUCAUUUUGCUUCUGUUCGUCAACGCUGUACGGAAGUGGUAUACAAAGGUCGAUUUCGUUUCUCUGAUUCCAGUCUUUGGGACCUUUGGAAGUGGUUGGCUCGUAAUGGAUUGGAAACAUAUUCUCAAUUGAAUGCAGAAAAGUUGAGUAUUGCUUUGGAAGCUGAAGAAGCAGAGUUGUAUCAACGACAUGCCCAUUUAUUUUCAGUAGAUGAGCAUCUUCUAUUAGAAGUGAUGGAUCCAGAGGAAGCAGUCGAAUCCUCAGUAAGCUAGUGUAUUUAUUCAACAAUUCAUUUAUGUCUUCUUAGGUUGUAUAUAUGCAACGUUUGGAACGAGAGGAUAGAUGUAAGCGGUUAUUGACUCGAUGGAAGGAAAUAGGAGAUGAAAUGAAUAACAACAACAACAACAACAAUAAUAAUAAUACGAAUAAUAGAAAGAAUAGAUUAGAAAUAUGUAAAAGUGAACAAGAAAGUAUUAUGGAGGCGG